AUGGGGAGCAGCUUUGCCUUCGCAAUAGCAGUCGCGGUCUUACUGGCCGCCUGUAAGGGUGACGGGCAGAGACCCGCCGCUCCAUACAUCACUUUCGAAGGAAACUUGCUGCCCAACAACAGCGCAGUGCCGCACAGAAGACUCCUAAACAACAACAGUACAGUGAGUGUACGUUGUAAUACGGACCUGAACGCUACGUGCUGCCAAAACGGCGGACCCCAUAGUGGCCGCUGGGUCGCAGUGGGCAGAAGUCAAAAUAUUCUCCAGCAGAGUCUUGUGAAUGGUGCAGUUGAGUUGAAUAGUGUACGCGGCUCUGGGUACGGCAACUAUCGCUGUGAGAUUGACACCGUUGCCAGUAUUGCAAGAAGUGGCCCCAAGGACAUCCUUUACAUCACCGUUUUUCGAGAGGAAGGUGUCUACACUUGUGAGGUGUUCAAUGAAGCUACAGUACCAAACACAAGAGAGAGCGGCCGGCUAUAUGCAACAACACCACUAACACCAACCAACUUGACAGUAACUCAGACUGGAAGUGGGAACGUGCGAGUAUCGUGGUCACCUGCUGGCAGAGUAAAGUUCUAUGCUGUGACUUACCAUGAUUUCGAGCAAACACGUUCAGGGAGCACAAGUACCAAGGACACUUCCCUCACUCUCCACAGUCUCUAUAGCAACGCCUACUCACUCAGAAUUGCAGCCAUAACCGACAUCUCUAGGGGUGUGCUUGGACCAGUUAAUAUUACCCUCAAUCAAGUUUUCGUGGAAGUGACAGCCUCUGUACCAAGCUCCGGUGCCUACCUUGGGCAGGUAGUAAGGCUCUCGUGUCAUGUGACCAUCACAGGCCCUCUGAACCUCACUGAACCCCCAACAAUCACAUGGUACACUCCAAUACCAUCUCCUAACGCUACAACAUUCUCUCCUGAGGAGAGAGUGUUCAUCACUAAACUCUCUGUUGAGGCAUCAGAUGUUGAAAUUCACAGCAUGGAACCACUCCAAUUUACUCUCGUAUGCUACUCGUUUGGCGGUAUUCCAGCCAAUGUGACGUGGACAAAAGAUUCCACUGUCAUAGGAAGUGGUGUGACUGCCCUCAGAGAGGACUUUACAGGGUACAGACACACUCUCAGUGUCACUGAGCAGGGCUUCUACACAUGCACCGUGUCAAAUGCUUCUCCUGAAAGUGCUAGUGCUUCUAUCAAUGCUACCAUACCUAAUCCUCCGUCAAAUGUAACACUGACUCAAAACAGUGUCAACACCGUUCUAAUGUCAUGGACACCUUCGGAGGGUAUAGAGUUCCAUACCCUUGUCUAUGGGAGAGGAUCCAGAGGGACUAUGAGACUGAAUGGCACUGCUGACUCCGUCACGAUAGAACUGAACCAGUACCCCUUCCACGAUGGAUACAUGUUUGAGAUCACUGCUCAUACGGCAUUUCCCAGUCUAACCAUUGGCCCACUUGAAUUCUCGUUAGGAGGUCUUGUGGUUGACGUGCGUCUGAUAGACGUGUACAGAGAAGAAAGAGCCGGCAAUGCAUAUAUUGGUUAUCCCUACAUCCUCACAUGUGAUGUAUUGGUUUAUGGUGAUCUGAAUGGGACACUGGAGUUCGUCUGGACUGGUCCUGGGGAGCUACCAACUCCCGUCAGGACCAAUAACACACACAGCGAACUGCGGUUUCAACCUCUCAGACUCUCACAGGAUGGCGAAUACAGCUGUACUGUGAAAUUAGAGGGAUUUCCCUAUCCGUCCACACGUGUGAGGGACCUUUAUUCAAUCUUUUAUCCUAUCGACGUAGUGACGAUUUUGAACUCACUGUGGAAGGUAAAUAUAACAAAUGUUUUGGUGACUAGGUGGGCUUGCUUUGCUCACCAACAAUAUAUGCUCAAUGUCUUCUGUUUGAUCAGCUUACUGUCGUUUCCAUUUAUUCUUCCUUUAGCUCUGUCACAACUUGAAGCUGAGCUCAUUGCUCCAUUUGCUGUAAUUCCUGGCAAUUCAGCGACUCUGGAGUGCUCUGUGUCUAAAAUUCCCUAUCUCAUUGUGCCCCUCCAACUCCAACUGAUUGGACCUGAAGGAAUGGUGCUAGAAAGUGAAGAAAGCUUCAGCAUCUCUAUAACUCUGGACUCGGUAGUGACGUCACAAGCUGGCGAUCAAUACUACUGUGAGGCUCAGCUGGAAAUCGAGGCAGUAGGUAUCUCCAUGAGCUCCCGCAGUGACAACUACACAGUCCGUGUGGAAGUUCGGCCUGAUACAGUAACAAUACACAAGGAGCCGGAAGCAGACUCUGUGAUCAUUGGGUCCACAGUUACUCUCACCUGUCAGGCAACAUUUGACCCUCUCAUAAGCACAGACCCUUACUUUGAGUCGACAGACAUAGUCCAAGUCACAUGGAGAAGACCUGGACACUUGCCUACUCUUGAAGAUCCACCACCUCCAGUGGUAGAUAUCACGGCACCAAGUGUUGCCAUGGGCAGUGGCUCUGUGACAUUUGGUUGCCAAGUGAUUCCAGUAGCUCGGAUACUGCCACUGCUCUCUCCACAAUCUUACAUGGAGCUGGUUAAAGAAGGGGAUGUGGACUCCAUUGCUACUAGUCCUGGUCUCAACGUCUCACACACUGUUAGCCCUGUGCUGGCAUUGCAUGCUGGUAUCUACCACUGCAGAUCAGUUUUGGCGGUCGAAGGCUUGCCUGAGCCUCUAUCACAAAGUAUCAGCCACAGUCUUACAGUAAUCAUUCCUGGUCCAACCUUUGCCCUCUCUUCUCGUCCACCUGAGAAUUUGAAUAUAAGUCUCGGUUCGCCUGUUUCUCUUGUCUGCGACAUCAAAAUUGAUUCUUCUUAUGAUGUCAUCGAGUCGGUGAAGGUUACCUGGAGUGGACCUCGACUUAGCAGCUCUCGGGAAGGAUAUGUUGCAACCCAGUCGGGUGCUGGGGGAAGCUACGUGAGUGUUCUCACAAUCUUUGAGGUGGCCACGGAGGACGAGGGAGAGUACACAUGUCAUCUCUCAAUUGUCGGCGGAAAUCAACACAUUGAUCUGAGCAGUCCCACAACCAGUACAAUUACACUUGGCUUAGUUCCUCAACCAACGCUAAUUCUUUCGUCAAGCCCACAAGGAGAAGUGAAGCAGGGAUCAUCUGUGGUCCUCACUUGCAAUGCCACCCUCAAUUCCCCAUUGGAUUCGAUUCAACUCACAUGGGGAAGACCCCACACUAUAACCACCAAUGACGAUGGCAGAACAAUGAUUGCUGAAACCAACACUGGCGUAGUGUAUACUAGUCAUCUAACAGUAUCGGACAUAGGAGAGAGAGACGAAGGGGAGUAUGAAUGUACACUCACUGGAAUAGACAGAAACGGAGAGGGCGUCACAGUUCACCAGUCAAUUUCAGUCUUUGUUAGUGGAUCAAGCAGCAGUAGUGCAGUCACGCAUUGCAGUGGACUUACUUGGAUUUUCAUAGUAAUAAUAUUGCUCUAAUGGGCAUAACUAGCACUUUCAUUCCAUUUUCUUUUUUAUAUACCAUCAACCACAUGCAAUUUACUAAAUACUCCUUUACAUCUUUGUUCUGACAUGCAGGGUAGAGCCUGCAUUAUCAUUAAAAUAAACGAUUGCACAG